AUGCACGCCGCAUUAAGGCGAAAGAGUGAUGAGGUGCAAAGUCGACGCCGAGAUCUGAGGAUUAACGAAAAGAUUAAUAAGAGAUACAUUGAUAGAGGGCAGAAAAUACGCUACUGGAUCGCAUAUUGUUAUUGUCCCAGAGAUGAAAUGAAGCACCAGACGAAGGUCAAUCGCGUAGAGCAAAAGAGGAGAGGUGAGGGUCGUGACCAACGCAAGAUCAACGCCCAACGCGUCAUGGACCACUAUCAUGCCUUGACGUCGCUCAAGACAGAUCCAAUACGUCGCACCGCCAGCUAUCCCUGUCAUUGCCUUUGCAUUCUCAAUACCUCGCACCUGAGGCCGUUUGUUGGGUUGGAUGACUCUGAGUUCCCUCAAGCCCUGCAGCGUGCUACUCCAUGGCGGUUCAGCUGCAAUUCUGGUCGCAAUAUCGUGCGGUCUCACCUCGCAGACAUGCGGCUUCAUCCAGAGCAGCCGCCAUCCUUCACCCGCAACACGGAGCUCCAAUUACUUGAGCUUCUCUAUUCCUUCCAGCCCAACAUAUCCGAAGCAGGAUUCAGCGUUACCUCACGUCCUCUCAGCUCUCGUGUUCGUCAUUUGAUGCCGUGGUGUUGCUGCCAGAUUCGCGACGACCAAUUAUCCUUGCUACGGUUGCCGGCUACCCAGCAGCCGCAGACCAGUCGGCCACCUGGGUCCAUUGACCCAGCAAUCGCCACCGCUUUUGACCACCUCCCACAAGGCGCCCACCUCCCCGUCAUCGACCGAACGGCAGACGGCCCAUAUGGCCCGUUCAUUCUUGCAGAUUGCUGUUUCAAUAAUCUGGACGCGGGGUUCGACGAGGAUCCAUGUCCAUCUCCGAAUGCCACGAUCCUCAUAACCUACCUACAUUUCCUCUACUUCUCUUCCCUCCGGACUGUUGCACUUUCCAUAUCAUCGUACGACGAAUUCGGGCGGAUCCAAGAGCAUCAGGACCAUAGCCGCUUGAAGCAACGAUGUCGACAAAAGUUUUUGCAAGAGACGGUCACCAAGACUUUGGUCGUGAAAGGGUCUGUGAUUUUGACUGAUCUUUCCGACGAAGUUGUGAAGGGAGAGGCGGCUGUCGCUCAUGGAACGUUCUCUGACGUACGGAAAGGUACUUGGAACGAUCCGAUUGAGAGACGGCCACGGUCGGUUGCUAUCAAGGUCCUGCGUCAAGUCAUGGUACAAAAUGUUCGAGAGAAGCUCAUCAAGCGACUUAAGCAGAGGUUAUUGCUUGGCAUCGUUAUGUCAUCGCAAUGUGUCGCAGCUGUUUGGGAUAGUGCAUCUUUCACAGCGCGUUGGCAUGGUAUCGUCUUGCUCGCCCAGGUUGCUUCUGCCAUUGCCUAUCCCCAUACAAUCAGACCUACCAUCGUCCAUGGGGACUCGAAAGGAGUCAGGCCUCUUCAAAAAGGAAACAUUCCGAUCGAUGAGCAUGUGUAUGCGAUCAUCACCGACUUUGGGCUCUCCAAGGUCAUCGAGGAACUUCCGGCAACGGGAUACACAUCUGGUUGCCAAGUCCCCCUCCACAUUCGCAAUAUCACCAGGCUACACGCGCGAGGAUUCGCGACCCCUGAAUCGACGAGCCUUACCCGCAAGAUGAUGGGGUGUGAAGAAGAGAGUCAGUCUCUUGGCAAACAUUGUUCUUCCUGCGAUGCCCUGGAACUAAAUCGCGCCAUCUCCCUAUGUUGA